CACCCGCCAUAGUUUUCGAAAUGGCGCCCAACGUGGGGCAAGUGGGGUUAGUUUGCCGUGGUGUUUGUGUUGCCGAGACGUACUUCAUGCAAUUAGUUGCCGUAGCCGCCGAGCCGUAGUGUGGCCGUAAGCCACCCGCCGCCGUCGCUCACUCCGUUUUUCUCAUAACUGUGUACUCGAAUAUAUUCGCUGCGUAAUUUCCUUGUUUCUGAUUGUUCAGAUUAUUUGCGCAUUUGUCGUUUACUGAUGUAACUAUCACCAUAAUUUGUGGUCUAAUCUUGCUGGUUUCGCUACUGCCUUACAAUUGCUUCUUAAUCGUGUAUUCUCAUAGCUUAUUUAACCACUCGUACUUUCCGGUCACAGAGGGACUUGAAAGGCUUGAUCUGAAACAAAUUUCCUGAAGUCUACUUUCCUUGCAGCGAUGGACGUGAAGUUCUUGAAGAACAACCGCAAGUACAUGCGGGCCGAAAUAACGCGUACCUCAAACAGUAUUAAUGUAAACCUGCCAAAUCUUUCCAUCGCAGAAAAAGUGCAAAAUCUAGCUAGGUUGCGCGCUUUGCAGUCGGACUUGAAGGAUUUUGAUCUAAAAAUAUCUGAAAGUUUAUUCGUGGAAGAGAAUGCAGAGGCAGCACUACAGGCGGAGUACGACACCUGUGCCGAAUAUUCUCGGAAGCUUAUCGCUACGAUUACAGCGCUGGAAGCGUCUCUACAAACGGAGAGAUCGGCGUCCGCAGUGAGCACCGCGCGAGAAGAUGUGCACCGAAGUCAAUUAAAGCUACCCCAGCUCCCGUUACCGGAGUAUGGACACCAAGAGGGAGAAGACUUGAACAAGUUUUUCCUCAACUUCGAAAACGUAAUUGGCAAAUACAACUUGACCAGCUACGAAAAGUUCAUCUUCCUGCAAAAACAACUUAGAGGUGCGCCACAAAUUUUAAUUCAGUCCUUGGAGGUGGGAAAGCAAAACUACGAAGAUGCUAAAGAUCUGCUACAGAAAGCAUUUGCUUCUCCAAUAACGCAGAAAUAUGACGCGAUCCGGCGUUUGUCGGAAAUGAGACUCGUUAGGGGCGAUGAUCCUUAUCGAUAUAUUGGUCAGAUGCGUUCCUUGGUUGAAAGUUUCACUACGUUGUCCAUUGACACCAAUACUGUCCUCCAGUAUUUUUUCUGGCGAGGCCUCAACGACGACUUCCAACAGCAAUUCAUACACAUAACUAACAAAAAUAAACCCUCACUUGAAGAGAUGAUGGAGCAUGUGUAUGAUGCCACCGAAAGGUACUUGAAUGCCAAUCCGAAGAUUAAGCCCGUGAAAAAUGUCGCUGGUACUAGCUUUGCGGUGGAUGUGAGGCGACCUGAGAGGACUGAACCAGACAAGAGACAACCCUUUUGCAGUCUCUGCUCAGGGCGGGGUGCGCGUGUGACCUCGCACUCCACAUUCAACUGCCACGUUUAUCCGAAUGCUAAAGCAAAACGUGACAGGCUGAUUGCACUAAACGGUUGCACAAAAUGCGCUAACGUGGCCCAUACGACUAAAACGUGUCACUAUAAAUUCAAGAAGAAAUGCUUCAAGUGCUCACAACCUCAUUAUACUUUCCUGUGUAUGGAUGAGUCGAAGAAUCGGUCUGACCCACAGCCCGAUGGUCGCAAGAAACCGGAGAAAGAAGUUAACUCUGGGGUCGUUGCUAUCAGUAAGGCGUUCGUGACGAGGGAUGUGGACUACGGAGAAGAUGCAAUAAUCCCCACCUUCUUGAUUAUGACAUCUCGCGGUCCCCUCAGAGGCAUGAGGGACAGCGGCUGUCAGCCAAACUUCGUCACCGAGAGCUGCGCGGCCAGAUUGUCGCUGCCAGUUCUCGAACAUAAUUUCUCUCUUAGGGUAAAUGGAUUCAACACAUCGGAAGAGUAUCUCACCAAAAUUGUUGAAAUUGAAAUUGAUCCAUAUCAACCUCCGCUGAGAGCGUUCUGCGUUCCGGAAAUUAAAACAAAUUUACGGUUGCCGGGCCUGAGUAAACUGGCCCUAUUAGUUCAAGAAAAAGGCUACAAGUUAGCCGAUUCAGCCUUGAUCAGCUCACAAGAUCGGAUCACAAACCUUGAUUUCAUUUUAGGGAACCUAGAUUCGCAAGUCCUUCCUCUAAAAGAUCUGAGUUUCGGGGACCAACCCAAAUCUGUAAUAUCUCUGUCCCCUCUAGGAGCUCUGUUGAGCGGGAGUGUCCGACGAAUGAUGAGUAACCUGCAAGACUUAGCGGCUCCUGCCGCCGAAGUUGCUUUGUCCAUCAGUACGGUUUCCAAACAGAGUGAACAGGAAGGGCAAGACGCAACCACAUCGGAAAACAUGACCAGCCGAAGCCCCGAACAGUUGGAUGGACAGGACGCUGUCCGAAGUGAGCUGGACCGUAAUCUUGGAGCCUGCAUCAACGAUGUGGCUGCAAUCGACCAGUACACCCUCGACCGUGCUACGGAAGAUAUCCUACGGGCUGAAGUUUUCAAUACGCUCUCCUACGAAGAUGGCCGUUACGAGGAACAAACUGUUGAGCAAGAUCAGGAACAUACUGAAUUCCUCCUUAGGAAUUGUAAGCGUAAUGCCGAAGGAAGACUGGAGAUGCCGUUGUUGUGGAAUAACGACGUUUCUCACCUACUGGGAAAAAACCGCAGUUUAUCCAAACAAAUACUCAAUUCGAACCUGAAAAAAUUGCAGAAGAGAACAGAUCUUCUAGCAAUGUACGACAACGUGAUCAGAGACCAAGUGAGGGAAGGUAUUGUCGAGCCCAUUGAGGAUCUCUCAACCGUCACUCACGGUAAAGGUGCGUAUAGCUUCCUCCCACACAUGGGAGUCUUCAAACUCAGCCGGGAGAGCACAAAAUGCAGGGUGGUGUUCUUGUCGAACCUCUGCGAACAGGAACCGCAGCAACCCCGGACUCUGACACACAAUCAAGC